UCCUAACCCAGUGCAGCCACUUCAGUGGAAGCAGCCCUGAAACUGGAAGCUGAAUGCGGUCACAGCCGCCGGGAGAAAGCGGACACUAGAGGACACGGUUCUCAAGCUGCCAAGUAUACAGAGUAGGAAAGAUCGCCACUAAUCUAUGUUAAAAUGCCUUAAGUGACACUUUCGACUACUACAUUGCGAGAGGAAAACAAAAUUACUCGGACAAGCAGAAACAAAACAAUAAAAGCCUAACGAAUGUUUCUGAUGCUCCGGAAAAAUUGCAUUUAUUAUGUCAGUAACACUCCGGUGCAAUAGACGAGAUGAAGGAAAAAUCCAAAAAUGCCGCGAAGACGAGAAGAGAAAAGGAAAAUGGGGAAUUUUACGAGCUGGCUAAGUUACUGCCUCUACCCUCGGCUAUCACCUCUCAGCUGGACAAAGCGUCGAUCAUCAGACUGACGACCAGUUACCUCAAAAUGAGAGCUGUGUUUCCUGAGGGUCUGGGAGAUGCCUGGGGACAAUCCAGUCGUGUAAGUCCCCUGGACAAUAUGGCUAGAGAAUUAGGAUCCCACUUGCUUCAGACUCUCGAUGGCUUUGUUUUUGUGGUCGCAUCCGAUGGCAAGAUCAUGUACAUUUCGGAAACUGCCUCUGUCCACUUAGGCUUGUCACAGGUGGAGCUAACCGGGAACAGUAUUUAUGAAUAUAUUCAUCCCUCCGAUCACGAUGAGAUGACUGCAGUCCUCACGGCUCACCAGUCUCUCCAUCCUCACCUACUGCAAGAAUAUGAAAUCGAUCGUUCCUUCUUUCUGCGUAUGAAAUGUGUUCUGGCCAAAAGAAAUGCAGGUUUGACUUGUGGUGGUUACAAGGUGAUCCACUGCAGUGGGUAUUUGAAAAUCCGCCAGUAUGUGUUUGACGUAUCUCUCUAUGAUGGCUGUUACCAGAUUGUGGGACUGGUGGCUGUGGGACACUCACUGCCGCCCAGCGCCAUCACUGAAAUCAAACUUCAUAGCAACAUGUUCAUGUUCAGAGCCAGUCUAGACCUCAAGCUCAUAUUCUUAGACUCAAGAGUUGCAGAGUUAACUGGAUUCGAGCCCCAGGACCUGAUAGAGAAGACGUUGUACCAUCAUGUGCAUGGAUGUGACGUUUUCCACUUAAGAUAUGCCCAUCACCUCUUGCUGGUCAAAGGGCAAGUCACAACGAAGUACUACAGGCUGCUGUCCAAACAUGGAGGAUGGGUGUGGGUUCAGAGCUACGCCACCAUUGUGCACAAUAGCCGUUCCUCAAGACCCCACUGCAUUGUCAGCGUCAAUUAUGUUCUCACGGAUAUUGAAUACAAGGAACUGCAAUUAUCACUGGAUCAGACCACCGCCAUCAAGGCAUCCUUUCCUUACAAGAUGUUGCUGUCUACCUCACAUGAAAACCAAAAACAACUUAAACCUAAAAUCUCCAAGUUGAAGUCAAAGCUAAAGACAUCUCCAUAUCCACAGCAAUAUAAUUCAUUCCAAAGUGAGAAAACCGAUUGUGACCAUGCCGGUAGCUGGGGAGGCAGCCCCUCACUGAAUGCUCUAUCGCCCCAGGAAAAUGCUUCCCACCAGGAGAAUAAUGAACUCCUUUAUGCCUCUUCAUAUGGGCUCCCUUUCCCCUACACCUAUGGACACUUCCCAUUGGACCCACAAGUGCUUGGCAGCAAAAAGCAGAUGGCACCUAGCAAGGCAGAUCAGAGUCAAGGGCCCUCGUCUGAAACUGCAAGGUUCUAUGUGGGUGCAUUUCAAGCUGCCAAUGACAACCGCUGGCAUUUGACAAGCUCAUCAGCAGCUCAGAAUCUGACUGCCUCUAAAAGCCUGCAGGAUCACCACAUCAGUGAAUCCCAGUAUUGUUCUGCACAGAGUUAUCAGUGUGUUUUGCCUACCAGCAGACACUGCGAAGCAGCCACCUACGCCCCACUUCCGAGCUGUGCGACAUCAAGGUCAAAUAGUAAAUAUAAGGAGAAACCUUACGCGGACCCUGUGAAGCAAACCAAAAUGGAAGCACUGCAGACCACACCACACGUUGUUAAGGAAGAGUGUAAAGUACUGUUCAGACACAAUUCUCAGGAGAAAUUAUGUAAUGUCGUCAAGUGUUUUUCACCCUCUUUAAACAAUUCGUUGUUAGCUAAGUCAGACUGUGAUGCAGCCAAGCCAAAGGUCCGAAUAAGCCAACAACUCAUACCAAGCCAAACAGCCUAUGAACAAGCCACGAGGAUUUGUGUGAAAGAGGUCCCAUACGAACAUUUCAACCACCAGAAACCAAACAUGGUCAACGUGAAUAAUGCAAGAGACAACACGAAACUGAAUGAAGGAAGGCUACAUGAACAGCAAGACUCAUUGGGUGUGGCAACAUCGGGACAACCCCAGCUUGAACCCUUAAGUUAUGGGCAAUUCUUUGCUAAGCACACCUUCCAAAGGUCACCUUGUGCACUUACAGGGUACAUCAUGGAAAACCGAGGAUAUGCUGCUGAAGAGAAGAAUUCUCCUGGUUACAGAAACCCAAGCCCAGCUUUGAACUCUUCACCAGAAAUGCACCAAGAACCUGUCCUACCACAUUACAUCGGAACAUCCGUCAUAAUAACCAACGGGAGGUGACAAGGAAUCUGUGUGUGUGUAGGAGGUCGAUUUGUUACAAAGUAACUAAGCAAGAACUUCUAUUACAUCUCCAGGUACAACAGGGAAUCCAGGUUUGCAGUUGUACUGGCCUAUUCUGAAGCUCAAACCUUAUUUUGUUGCCUCAAUGCUAAUGUGUUUCUCUCUCUCUCUCUGAGGUUUGAAGCCUAAAUUAAUGCAUCGUAAGAAGACAAACAUGCAGAACGUUAUCACUUGUGCAAUAUUUCAAAUGUGGACACAUGGAACAGUUCACAGAGUUUCCAUUCUUACUCGCGUUAUUGAAAAUAAGCUUUCCCCAACUAAUAGAUAUUAUCUUAUUGACAUAUAUAAAAAAAACUAACAAUGGCAUGCAGAAGAUGUCUGCACCAUAAGGUUUUAUUUCAG